GAGAGGGAGAGGGAUCGAGACAAGGAUCAUGAUCGUCACCACAGAGAUCGCCAUAGGGAUCGGAGUGAGAGGAGGGAUAGAGAGAGGACCAAAGAUAGGGAUGAUGAUGAUUACUACAGAAGCCGAGACUAUGACAGGCACAGAGAACACGAUAGAGAUAGAGAGGAAAGGCACAAACACAGAUCUAGAUCUCGAUCGAAAGCUAGAUCUGAGCACAGAUCAAGGUCACGAUCUCGUUCUCGCUCGAAAAGCAAAAGGAUUAGUGGUUUUGACAUGGCACCUCCUGCUGCAAUGCUUCCCAAUGUUGCUGCUACUGCUGCUACAGGUACAGCCCAAUAAUUAUUUUACAGUUCAAUUAUUAUAAUGACUAUUUUUUUUUUCUUUUGACAUAGUGCAAAGUUCGUAUCAAAAUACAUUGGUUUCAUUUUGGUAAGCGAACUCGAUUCUUCAGUGCACAUGCCACAAUAUAGAGUUCUGGUCCCUAGUUGGUGGUUCUGUUUUUCUAUUAAUUAUUUUCUUUGUGAAAUAAUUCUGAAACUGAGAGGAUUUUUGGUUUCUUGUUGUGUUUGGUGUUUCUUUGUUUGUUUUGUAUGUCAUAUGUUAUGUUCUAAGAAGGCAAUGUUGGGCUACUAGCCCCACUGUGAUGACAAUGGGCGUGAGCCGACUUCUGUAGCUUUUAUGUUCAAGGAAGAAUCAAUACAGGUCAGAUGCCUGGAAUCACCCCACCAAUUCCUGGAAUGUUCCCCAACAUGUUCCCUAUGGCAUCUGGACAGUUCGGAGCUCUUCCUGUUAUGCCUGUGCAGGCAAUGACGCAGCAGGCUACUAGGCAUGCCCGGCGAGUCUAUGUUGGUGGACUUCCCCCCACUGCUAAUGAACAGUCUGUGGCUACCUAUUUUAGUCAUGUUAUGUCCGCCAUCGGAGGAAACACUGCUGGUCCUGGAGAUGCUGUAGUGAAUGUUUAUAUUAACCACGAAAAGAAAUUUGCUUUUGUGGAAAUGAGAUCUGUGGAAGAGGCCAGUAAUGCAAUGGCCUUGGAUGGCAUUAUUUUUGAGGGUGCACCAGUUAAGGUCAGAAGACCCAGUGAUUACAACCCAUCGCUGGCUGCUACUCUUGGCCCUAGCCAGCCUAAUCCCAAUCUGAACCUUGCAGCUGUUGGGUUGACACCUGGGUCUGCUGGUGGACUCGAGGGUCCAGACCGUAUUUUUGUGGGUGGUUUGCCAUAUUAUUUCACAGAAGCACAGAUCAGGGAGCUGCUGGAAUCCUUUGGACCCCUUCGAGGCUUUGAUCUAGUGAAAGACAGAGAAACUGGAAACUCUAAAGGAUAUGCAUUUUGUGUUUACCAGGAUUUGUCUGUUACAGAUAUUGCAUGUGCAGCUCUUAAUGGGAUAAAAAUGGGUGAUAAAACACUUACAGUUAGGCGUGCUAACCAAGGUACAACACAACCUAAACCUGAGCAAGAGAGCGUGUUAUUGCACGCUCAGCAACAAAUUGCACUGCAGAGAUUCAUGUUGCAACCUGGAGCACUAGCAACGAAGGUUUUGUGCCUAACACAAGUUGUGACAGAAGACGAGCUCAAGGAUGACGAGGACUAUGAAGAUAUACUGGAAGACAUGAGAACUGAAUGUGGAAAAUUUGGUACUUUGGUGAAUAUUGUCAUCCCGCGCCCAAAUCCUAAUGGUGAACCGACACCAGGUGUUGGAAAGGUCUUCUUGGAGUAUGGAGACAUUGAAAGUGCUACAAAAGCUCGACAAGGACUUAACGGUAGAAAGUUCGGUGGAAAUCAAGUCGAGGCAGUGUUUUAUCCCGAGAAUAAGUUUUCUGAGGGAGUUUAUGAUGGCUAAUCGUUUGGCGCUGUACCGUACGUUAAACAGGUGUUAUUAAAGCUCAAAUGAGGUCUGGAUGUUUGAUGUUAAGUCUACAGGACUUGCACUGUUUUUAUUUUUCUAUGGACAUAGCUUGUAGUUUCCGUCGGGUUGGGUGUUUUAAAGUGUCGAUCAAAGCAAAUAAAGUAUCAUUCCUGCUGGGCUUGAGCAUGGUGUUUUACUUUAACAAACAGUAAAAGAAUCUCUCAUAUGCGUACAAUAGCAUUCUUAGUGUAUGUUUGACUGAACGGGAUAGAGCAAUGUAAAAUAGAUCUCUUAAUGCAUGUUUGGUAUUUUGUAUUA